UUCGACAUGCAGUGCAAGGCCGUACGACUUGUCUGCAUACACGCACCUGCCACUGCACGAACAACCUCUGCCAAACACGUCAGAUGAGGAGGCGAGGAAGCACGGUCACGUACCAUGGCACUGGGAAGCGGCUCCAGCCAGGAGUAUGUGGGGAACCAGUUGUAUGGGAAUCGUGCGACGACGUCUCAACAGUCUUCCACCGAAGUACUGAAAGACGGCAUGCGCAGAAGCGACAAUGCAGCCCGCGUGAACCUUUCGUUCGGGCUGUGUAGCGGGAGCUCAUCGGCAGCCACGCAUACUGUCCUCGUCAACCCCCAUCCCGACGACGACGCGGGGCAAGUGACAGCAGUUGGCCGAUCAGCAAAGGCUCCGAGCGGAGAGUGGGUGGCAGCAAAGAAGACAAGGGAGCGUCUGAGAGAGCAGUCGCCGGCGUCAUCAGUGCCACGUGCUGCUGCCAGUCGUCCGAACUGGAUGCAGCCACCAUCGCCGUUGUCGGGGGGUGGAAGCAAGGGGGGCUGCACGGCUGCCUGUGUGCCGACCGACGAAGAUUUCUCGAGCGGUCUUGGUGAGUGGGUCGGGAGGAAGGUGUGGGCGGAACAUCAGCAGCAAGUGCGCCGAGAACGUGAGGUGUCCAUAACGCCGUGGGUGCAGCGACUGCGCGUGCGGAAGGUGAUGACAAAGAAGGAGCCGGCGGUAGUGGACGCCGACGAUUACGACGACACCGCCGAGGACGACGAACGGCAGGACAAGGAGACGGGCGGCGUGCACCUGUUCCAAGGGGAGUCCGGGAAACAUGACUUCUUUCAAUUGACGGGGAAGGAGAGGUCUGCUCAAGGCUUCAAUUUCACCAUGGAUCGGGCCGUGUAUGAGGAGAUCAAGGGUUCCACCGUGAAGAGUCGCACCAUACACCCGAAGAAUGUAGCCGACACAGGCGGUUCCCGUGGUGUGCAGCUGCCGUCCGGGUUUUCAGGCGACCUUCAAUCUGUCGGCGAUGGGGAUGCGGGUGCCGACGGCAACGACGAAGACGAGAGCUCCACGAAAGGGUCUUCACCAGCGACGGGCAACACUGGCGGUUGCGGGAAGAGGAAGAACGUUAGGAAGCAAACUUUCGAAUCUCUCACGGAGUGCAUGGAGAAGCACGGGACACUAAUGGCAACUAUGAUGGAGAGCGCUAGCAAGAGGCAGACGGUUGCAGCAGCCGCGGAGAGCCCUGGGGAAGGCGACGUCGACGAGCCUUUGGUGAACAGGCAACGGCGGGGGGCGGCACGAGACGGGAUCGAAGCUGCGAUGAAGCUGUGGGUGGGCGACAUGAGGUUCUGGAACGAGACGGAGGGCAAUGGACUCUUCAAGCUCAUCCGGGAAGUGCGACUUUAUUUGCUGGCCAUCGCCAGGGGAGUCGCCACGCCCGAGAUCCGUCGAAGUAUAGCCCUUCCUCACUCAAGCAUCCCGCAACACAAAAUCGGCGACGAAUCGCAGCUGAAGGCGGCGAACGGUAGGGCCAUCAAAGUGCAGGGCAUCACCUGGCGCGUCAUCCACAGAUGGAUCGUCAAGUCCGCGAGUCGCUCACGGGGCUACCACUCCGCAUACGGGUAUGUGCUGAACCACGUGACGACGGACAUCGCCCGCAUCAUGUGGCUUGGAGACGACUGGUGCACGUGUGUUAGCCCCGUUGUCUGCCACAUCACACUGGAGAUGGACAUGAAGCUCCCAGUUUGGUUCGUCGGUGCACACAUCGAGGACAAACACGAGGACGGCGACUUGGUAUGCUACCAAGAGGCGACCAUGCAACACCUGGUGAUCCAUCGGAGUAUAACCCUCCCUCACUCAAGCAUCCUGCAACACAAAAUCGGCGACGAAUCGCAGCUGAAGGCGGCGAAAGAUAGGGCCAUCAAAGUGCAGAGCAUCACCUGGUGCGUCAUCCAUGGAUGGAUCUUCACGUCCGCGAGUCGCUCACGGGGCUACCACUCCGCAUACGGGUACGUGCUGAACCACCUGGCGACGGACAUCGCCCGCGUCAUAUGGCUUGGAGACGACUGGUGCACGGGUGUCAGCCCCGCCGUCUGCCACAUCACACUGGAGAUGGACAUGAAGCUCCCCGUUUGGUUCGUCGACGCGCACAUCGAGGACAGAUACGAGGAUGGCGAGUUGGCAUGCUACCAAGAGGCGACCAUGCAGCGCCUGGUGGGCGCCUUCACUAGCGUCGUCAGUCUGGCAGAGGGGAUCGACUCGGGCCGCAUCUCCUACGACGGGCUAAGGAACAUCGCCGAUGCUAUGAGGCUUCUACUCGUGGCGUCGACGUGGCUGAUGAGGAUGAGCGGGGAUGAUCUGCAUUCCCAUUUCAAUGCGUCAUUGUUCGUGCAGCUCACGGCGACGCCGACACUAAUGGCGGCCAUGCAUUGGUCGUUCGAUGCUUGUCGCCAUAUCCUUCAGGCAGUUACCGUCGUGACGGAGAGGAUGGGGAAACCCGCCAUGACAUUGGCGGACCCGCCUCUGUACAUCCCAUACUGGGAUGACUGCGGGAUCACUUUCAGCCAUGAGACAACUCUUCCAUCGCCAAUGGCCGUGAAAUUGGAAUGGUUGGGCACUGGCCUGCCAGAGGAUGAUGAUGACAAACAGCCGGCGAGGACAAGGAUGCGGCGGGGKAGAGAAGCACAGUCGGCGUCGCGAACAGGAUGGGUAACGUCGCGGCGUCGCGGUGUGUUCGCAAUUGCAUGCGUGGGGUCUUUCUGUGGUCGUGAUGCACAUAAUACCACCUUUGUAAUGUGUGCUUUACGUCGGUGUUUGUUGUGCAUGUGAUUGUGUGAGUAUCUGGUAUUGCUCGUGUGGACUGCACCUUCACCUACGUGGCUGGUGUAAGGGGUUAGGACAAAAGGCAAGGGAAGAUGAUUGGUUUUGAGCACUGGAUGAUCAGUCAAAACAUUUUUCAAAGCUUCAAGUAUGAAGGCUAUGUUACACGAAGUUGUCCAACACAAAAAAUGUCCUUCCUGGCCAGAUGGAUGAGCUAUGUUUGAACGCCAUCACAUGCAUUGGGCAUCGAAUGCCUGUCGUACGACGCACGACCAUCACACCAUCCACACACACGCCACAACAGAUGUUAAAUCACAGGCGGUCGCAGCGCUAAAUCGCACGGGAAAUUUCCGAGAAACACACGCGAACGCAAACAAGAAGGCGCCCAUGCAUGCUCGGGAAGCACACCGACCCCCCGACACAAUGUCACCAUGUGUUGCACCAUACAACUGAAAAAGAAGCAAAAUUUUCGACAUUCAACAACAUCACAUGCGCACAAGUUUCGAAAGAACAAAGCACAACAUGUAAGGGCGUCCAAACAACAAACAGACUAUCCUGUGCAAGAGAAGUACGCCAUAUGCCGAAUUCAAAAUGAAGAAAUCUAACAAUG